AUGCCCAAGUUUGACAUGCCCAAGUUUAGAGUUUCAUCCCCCAAGGUAGAAGGGCCUGGUGUUGAGGUCAGCCUGCCCAGUGCAGGUGCUGACCUCCCCUCCACCACCCUCACAGCAGCAGAUGUGGAAGUCAAGGCUGACAUCCCCAGUGCCAAAACCGAAGGGGCUGACUUGAAGCUGGAGAAACCCUCCCUCAAAAUGCCCAAAGCAGACAUCAAAGCUCCCAAGGUGGACAUCACCUCUGUUGACAUGACCCUGCCAAAGGGCAGCGUCCAUCUGCAGGCACCUGAGGCCGCCCUGAGCCUGGAAGGGGAAGCAAAAGCUCUAGAGAAGGAGGUCACCAAGAGCAAGGAUGGCAAGUUCAAGAUGCCCAAGUUUGGCAUGCCUUCCUUUGGCUGGUCCAGCAGCAGAGAGGCCAAGGGCACUGUGGCUGCUGAGCUGGAUGUCAGCCUCAAGGAGCCCCAGGUGACACUGCCCUCAGGAGCUGCUGAAAUGGACGUGACUCUGCCUGAGGCUGAGAUCCAAGAACCCACUUUCGAGGUCACCACAGAAUCCUCAGCUGAAUUUGACACAUCAACAGAAAAAGAUGGUGAAAAGGUCAGAAGCAAGAAGUCCCAAUUUACUAUGCCAAAGAUCUCAUUCCCUAAAAUGAAGGGUCAGAAAGUCCAAGUUUCUCUACCUGUAUUGGAAACUGAUGUUUGUAGUCCCAAACAAGAAAAAGAAGUUGUUUCAGUAGAGAAAUCUGAGGAAGGGAGUAGUGGAGAAGGGGCAGGAGUGAGCAUAAGAGUGCCAAAAGCUACAGUCUCAACUUCGGAAUUCUCCAAACCAGAAGUCAAAGCUCCCAAACCAGAGAUGGAUACAGGUGAGGUCAUACCUCCUACACGUGCAGAAGGUGACCUGUCACUGAAAUCAGCUGCUGCUAAUGCCACGCUCUCCACCUCAGACACUAAGAUGAUACCUGAAGGUUCUAUUGAGGUGAAGAGUCCUGAGACAAGUGUGGAAACAACAUCACGUGAGAUUGCUGUGGGUGAUGUAGAAAUAGAAGUUGAAGGUCCUGAAGGAAAACCAAAAAUGCCUAAAUUCCAAAUGCCAAAGGUUGACCUAAAACCAAGUUCUACUUAUGAAUGUGACAGUCAAAAAACAGGUAUUAAGUUCCCCAGAGGAGAAGCUUCAGUUGAACUGAAGAGCCCUGAUAUAGCAACAGAAAGAACAUCAGUUGUGGAUGGAAAAAAAGUGAAAUUGGAAGGUUCUGACGGGAAGAUUAAAAUGCCCAAAUUCCAGAAGCCAAAGUUUGGAGUCUCCCUAACAAAAGGGAAGGGCCCAGAGGCAGAGAUCAGCUCUCCAAAAAUAGAAGCUGAGCUACCCCAGCUAAAAAUGACAAAAGAAAUUGCUGACAUUGCUGUGGGAGUUCCAACAUCAGAACUUGCAUCUGAUAAGGAAGAUCCUGGAGUAGUUUGUAAGAUAAAGAUGCUCCAAGCUCUGACAGUUAGCAUUGAAACUCCAGAGGUAGAGAUCAGCCCCCAGUCG